UCCCCCCGUGACUGCGUGCGUAAAUGUAAAGAAUCUUGUCGGUGCCUGUGAUGUGAGCGACUCUGAGCGCGGAGAUCAAGCGCAAGAGGGAGAGAAAGAGAGAAAAGGAAAGAGAAGCGACUGCCGCGUCUUCUCCCCCUCCGUCUCCCCGCUCCUCGUCACCCCCAUCCUUCUUCCCCUGGCGCGGAGCCGCUUCGAGGCCAGACCGGCAAACCCCCGCGUCCCCCUCCCGCCCCUCCUGCCGCCUGGACCGCCCCAGGACCCUUUGACGUUCCUCACUUCUUUCCCACAAACUGACACUUUAGGCAAGAAUCGCCACCCCCCCUCCCACUGUCCUCGGGGCUGUUGUUGUCUGCAGAACUCACCUUCACAAUAUAUCUCCUCUUCCAUUUUUGCCCCCAUUGGAUAAUUUCCCGGUGGGAAAGCACUCUCAAGUGACGGGCGUCAACAUGGGCUGCUCAUCGACUUGAGAAGAAGAAAACCGCCGGCUGAUGGACCAAUCGUCGUCGGAGUGAUAUUCGGUUGCCUCUCCUCUUCUGUCCUUUAUGACCUCGGAAAACAUCACCUUCAGAACAUCCGGUGGCGAGCUGGCUGGCAUCCCAUCAUAUUAUAUUUCCUUUUGAGGAGCCUCCCACUCCUCCCCUGCACCCGCCCCGAUUCCAGCAUCGUCAUCCGGUCUCGCCAUGGAGUCGAACCAAGUCCAGUCAGAGGGCGGCCUCAACGUCACCCUCACCAUCCGCCUCCUCAUGCACGGAAAAGAAGUGGGAAGCAUAAUUGGAAAGAAAGGAGAAACGGUGAAAAAAAUGCGCGAAGAGAGUGGCGCGCGAAUCAACAUCUCCGAAGGCAACUGCCCGGAGAGGAUCGUCACCAUCACCGGACCAACGGACACAAUCUUCAAGGCUUUUGCCAUGAUUGCCUACAAAUUUGAGGAGGAUAUCAUCAAUUCCAUGAGCAACAGCCCGGCAACCAGCAAGCCUCCCGUCACCUUACGGCUCGUCGUGCCGGCCAGCCAGUGCGGCUCCCUCAUCGGAAAAGGAGGUUCCAAAAUCAAAGAAAUGAGAGAGUCCACAGGGGCUCAGGUUCAGGUGGCGGGGGACAUGCUCCCCAACUCCACAGAGCGCGCUGUGACAAUCUCCGGGACUCCGGAAGCCAUCAUCCAGUGUGUCAAACAGAUAUGUGUCGUCAUGCUGGAGUCGCCGCCCAAAGGUGCCACGAUUCCUUAUCGCCCAAAGCCUGCUUCCACCCCUGUCAUUUUUUCAGGGGGCCAGGCCUACACGAUUCAGGGACAGUAUGCCAUUCCACACCCAGAUCAGCUGACCAAGCUCCACCAGCUGGCUAUGCAGCAAACCCCCUUUACCCCUCUCGGACAGACCACCCCCGCUUUCCCCGGUUUGGAUGCCAGUCCAGCGGCCAGCACCCAUGAGCUCACCAUUCCUAAUGAUCUCAUAGGCUGCAUCAUCGGGCGUCAAGGAACCAAAAUCAACGAGAUCCGACAGAUGUCGGGGGCUCAGAUCAAAAUCGCAAAUGCCACGGAAGGCUCGUCCGAGCGCCAGAUCACCAUCAGCGGGACGCCGGCAAACAUCAGCCUGGCCCAGUAUCUCAUCAACGCCAGGUUGACAUCGGAAGUCACCGGAAUGGCCACACUCUAAUUUCCGCCCAUCUUGCCAUCCCAUGAUUCUCCUUGAGAUGCACUUGUUGAUCGGCUCCUCUGUAUUAGCUCGUCUUGAUAUUUCCAGUGAGUGAUGUCAACGUUUGCUGUCGAUGCCGCUCGACUCAACUCAUCUUUCUUUCUAUCGUGACUUGAAGAUGAGAAGAUUCACGGCCAUGAUCCGUUUUGCCUUGGACUUCACCUUUUUUUCUUCUUUCCGUUCACUUUACGUACACGAAGAGCCAUUUGCAGUUUGAGAGCUUUCAUUCAGUCUUUUCCUUUCUGGCUUUGCAUUCAAAAACGAUUUUAUUGUGUGUAGCUGCAGAUUUUUAAUAUUGAAUGGUUAUUGUGUUCUAGUUGUGCACUUUCUCAAGAGGUCGCUUUGCCUCGCGACACAACAGGAGGGGUUUCGUGACACCGACAAAAUGCUGCAGCGCAGACAGAAAUCUCAGCGCGCGUCAACAAGAGCCAUUUCGUUCAGCCAAGAACACAAAACACCGAGUCGCGUUUCUGACGUGACAAAAAAAAAAAAA